UUAUUAUUAAUUCAAGUGCAAUUUAAUUAGUUUCUGUGUGUGAAGAAGUGGAGGAACAAUGUCCGUAAAUCUUGAUGUUCAACUCUCAAGAACGAAUAAAAUAUACCACGAAGAGGAAGCAUUACGGGGGAUUGUUACUGUGAAUUGUAGCACAGAAACGAAGCAUGAUGGAAUCUUCCUCACCAUGGAGGGAGUUGUUAAUCUUCAGCUCAGCAAUAAGAAUGUUGGCAUUUUUGAGGCUUUCUACAACUCCGUGAAGCCAAUUCAACUUCUUAAUUUGCAACUUGAACUAGCUCCGGCCGGGAAACUUCCUGCCGGAAGAACGGAUUUUUCCUUUGAAUUCCCCCUCGUAUGCCGGAAGGAACCACGAAUUCUCUAUGAAACAUAUCACGGGGUUUUUGUCAAUAUAAACUACAUGCUAAGGUGUGAGAUAAGAAGGAGUUUCCUGGCCAAGAGUGUGCAGAAGCAACAGGAAUUUAUGAUACAGUACAAACCAAAGGAGAAACCCCUUGGGAAUGAAGUUCAUUUCACCAUCUCACCGGAGACACUGCAAAAGAGCGCCAAGGAACGUAUAUCCAUUCCGAGAUUCCUCAUUACGGGACGCCUCGAUACGACUGAGUGCUGCCUCACGAAACCCCUGAUGGGGCAUGUAACGCUGCAGCACACGGAAGUCCCCAUCAGGAGCAUUGAUAUUCAAUUGGUGCGCGUGGAGACGUGUGGAUGUGCCGAAGGGUACUCCCGUGACGCCACGGAGAUUCAAAAUAUUCAAAUAGCCGAAGGGAAUGUCUGCCCAAAGCUCCAAAUUCCAAUUUACAUGAUUUUCCCAAGACUCUUCACAUGCCCCACACUCCUAACGAAGAAUUUCAAAGUUGAGUUUGAACUGAACCUUGUUAUCCUGUUCCAAGAUGACUAUCUUGUGACGGAGAAUUUUGAAAUUAUCCUGAAUAGAUGUAACUGAGUGCGAGGGUGUUGGCGCACAGGCAAUAUAAGAUAAAAGUAUCACUUGAAAUAAAGUCUUCUCACAAAGUGUAA